UGUCGCUUUCCUUAAAUCACUUCUAUUAUAAAUUGGCUUAAACAGUAAUCAUGAAACCCAACUACCAAGAACGAUAGACUUUCCAACCCAAAAUUUCAAAUCCCUUGAUUCCUUUUUGUCAACCAAGCAUCCCACCCGGACUGUUAGUUCGCCGUUUCAUCAACUUCCCAACCUUCCCUUUUUCUUUAAUUUCCUACCCCAAUUUUCGCCACAAAUCUAAUCCAAAAUGAGCUGGUGGUGGGCUGGUGCCAUUGGGGCUGCUAAGAAGAAAUUUGAGGAAGAUGAAGCACCAAGAAGCUUCCAGAGCGUUGGGCUGAUCAUUGGAGUCACCGGCAUAGUCGGCAAUAGCUUGGCUGAAAUCCUCCCGUUAUCCGACACCCCCGGCGGCCCAUGGAAAGUAUACGGGGUGGCUCGUCGGCCCAGACCCAACUGGAACGCCGACCAUCCAAUCGAGUACAUUCAGUGCGACGUAUCCGACCCGAAUGAUACCGAAUCGAAGCUCUCUCAACUUACCGACGUCACCCAUAUCUUCUACGUCAGCUGGAUCAACCGAACAUCCGAAGCCGAGAAUUGCGAAAUCAACGGUUCCAUGCUCCGCAAUGUUUUGCAUUCCGUGAUCCCAAACGCACCCAAUCUCCGCCACAUCUGUCUACAAACAGGAGCCAAACAUUAUCUUGGACCGUUCGAGUUGUUGGGUAAGAUCCAACCGCAUGAUCCGCCUUUCACCGAAGAUUUACCGCGGUUGAACGCUCCCAACUUUUACUACCAUCAAGAAGACAUCCUCUUUGAAGAAAUCGAGAAAAAAGAAGGAUUAACCUGGUCGGUGCACCGACCCGGAGUCAUAUUCGGGUUUUCGCCUUACAGUUUAAUGAACCUCGUUGGCAGUCUUUGCGUUUACGCCGCCAUUUGCAAACACGAAGGCAAACCGUUACACUUUCCUGGGAGCAAAGCCGCUUGGAACUGUUACUUUGAAGCUUCGGAUGCGGAUUUGAUUGCGGAGCAACAUAUAUGGGCGGCGGUGGAUCCGUACGCCAAAAACGAAGCCUUUAAUGUGACUAAUGGGGAUGUUUUCAAGUGGAAGCAUUUGUGGAGCGUUUUGGCAGAGCAAUUUGGGAUAGAAGAAUUUGGGUUCGUGGAAGGGGAGAACCGGGGGAUGGAGGAGAUGAUGAAAGAGAAGGAAGGAGUUUGGGAAGAAAUAGUGAAGGAGAACCAGUUGCAGAAGACGAGUUUGCAGGUGGUGGGAAAUUGGUGGUUUACGGAUACGAUAUUUUCGGCUCCGUUGCAGAUGCCGCUGCUCAGUAUGAAUAAGAGCAAGGAGCAUGGGUUUUUGGGGUUUAGGAAUUCCCGGAAUUCAUUUGUUACUUGGAUUGAUAAGAUGAAGGCUUACAAGAUUGUGCCUUGAUCUCAUUCAAUCUCUUGUUUCAAAUUGUUUCCUUGGUUUUUCAGAUGAAGAUGAAAUUUCUGUUGUUGUACUUCUAAAAUAAGUUCGUAGGGUAAGCUAUUAAUUGGCAUGCUACCGUAAGAUGUCAGAAACAAUUGCUUACCUUCAAAGAGAAGCUUCUGUUGUAUUUGUGAAAAUGCUGUGUGCUUUUCUUUUCCCUUUAUUUGUUUAUGAUGCAUUGUUUAUUCUAUCUUGUAGAAUCCUGAAUUAUACUAUUUAUACUUGUUGAUUAGACAAA